UCAAGAUAUACAUUGUUAUUGCUUUCACUUUAAGGUAAACUGUGGUUCAAAUAUAAUAUCUGGUCAGAGCACACCAUGGAAGAAGAAGAAGAAAUAGGUCCUAGAUGGUACAGACUUCUUGCAAAGUCUCAGAAAACCUAUUUGUUACUGUAUUUAAUCACGAAUGCCAACUUAUCGGAGGCUAAAUUUGUAUAUGGAACUUUGUCAUUGACAUUGGAAAACUGGCUGUCUCUACUAGUUAAGUUCUUACCAGAAACAACCGAACCCGACGUCUAUAUCCCUUACAUAGAUGUUGAGAAUGAUCAAGGAGAGAUUUGUAACACGCUGGAUGUGGCUUCCACUGUGAAACUUCCUUCAGACAAGCUAUGCCAAUAUCGUUUGAGACAGAUGGGACUUUGGGAAAGCAGUCUCCCUUCAAUCCAAAACGUUCCUCAGUUCUAUUCAAUAUUUUCUAGGAAGAUAGUUGAAGAAACAAAUCAGGUGCAGUUGGCUUAUCUAUUAAUGAAAAGCUCGCAAGCGCCUUCUGAAAUCAGAGAAUGGAGCAGCGGACGGUUUGAAGUAUUUCACCGACUUUCUCAAUUUACUUCCGUACCAGUUGAUUUGGAUGAAAUGGAGAAAGCUUCUAUUCGUGAUGUAAUUUCUCUUUCUUUCCCUAUUUUAAGUGUUGAAAACUGUGUUGCGAUAUUGAGCGAAGUCAUUUUUCCUUUUAUUCUAUCUACAGAGUCAGAAUCUGAGGGUUCACAGAACAGUUGGUCGUACGUAUGGGAGAAAUUACUUCAGUUAGUCAAAACGGAUGGUUUAGAGAUAUUACAUGAACUAAUUAUUCAUUGGAUUAUUGAAGAUACGAAGCUUCAAUUAAUGUUCAUGAAAGUCGCUUUAUCGUCUCUUUAUAUUUGCAACGAAACAACAUCGACUUCUUUGUCAUUGGGAAAACGAAUCCUUGCAAGUAUUCAGGAAAAAUUGAGACUCACCACUACCCCUUAUGAUAAUCUUCUGAAAGUACCAGUGGAGAAUUCUAUAGAAUUUUUUUUAUCCAAUGAUAAUAAUCUUACGAAUCCAACAAGCGAGUCCGUUACGUUGUUGAGUCGUAUUUUAGAUGCCAUUCCAAUACUUGAAACCGCUAACGUCUUUCCCGUUCCAAAUGUGCGAGCUUGUUUGAACAUAUCUAACUCAGAUACGGCAGCACAGGAAUCAUUCCUCCAAAAGUAUAUUUCUAGUUCUCUCGGUGAAUUGAAAUCUACGGACUACAAUGAUUGGAAUAAUGUUUUCUCUUUCACACUCUCCUGGAAGAGUCAAAGUCUAUUUUUUAAUAAAAUAGAAUCAAACGAUAUUUCCCUCAUAUUUUUGAAACUGUUGCUAUCAACAUCAAAUUUCAAUGUUUUAGAAAACAUGAAGGAUCGAUUAGCAUUGCCUGGUAUACAUCCGGAUAUACUUCAAGAUUGUAUGGAAUCUAACUUUUAUAAAAAUUUCCGAGCGGCUUCUAGUAUGAACAAAAGUCGUGGAAAAUUAAAUACUGCAUAUAAAGUUCUGAAUGUUUUUAGUGAAUGCAUCAGUCUUACUCCAACUCGUCGUCGCCUGAAUUCUCUAAUUAAUACUGUGGAUUUAAUUAAGCAAUAUCAUUUUCUAAUAGAAAAGGGAAAACCGCUAUCGCCUACGCAAAUAGAGGAAAAUCUAAAUCCUGAUAAAUUGCUAGACUUCAUUAUAACACAAGAUGACCGUUCAUAUCAACAAGUCGAUGAUUUGAUGGCCCUUGUGAUUGAAACUUAUAAAGCCUGCGGAAAAUUCGAAUACACGAAUGCUAUUACCCAACUUCACCAAAUUACAGAGCAAGUUGUGAAUCGGUGUGUAGAUGCCGCAUUGUUGAAAAGCGAUUUAAUUAUGGCAAAGCAAUUGGUUGAAGACAGACUUGUUACGCUAGCCGAAUCUAGUGUUGGUAUGCGGAAAACGAUAUACAAAACUUGUUUCAGAAUUGGAAAAACACCCUUAAACGACCAUCUUUCACGUGAAAUAAGACUGGAAAUGCUGCAACUUGCUAUUGCUAAUGCUCCUAAAGAAGAACUAAAUGACGUCGUAAAUUACUGGACAGAAUUUGAGUCAAACAAAGAAAGAAAUGAAACUGAAAGCGACCUGGAUGUUGAUGCUUUCCCAGAACUUAACGAAUCUAUCAAUUACGAAGAAUUACAAGAAAAUGAAGAUGAAUAUGACUUUGACAAGGAAUGGUCUCUCGCUGCAGCCGAAGUAGAUUCACCCGAAAAAGGCGAUACCGAUGUAAAUUAUAAUGAAUCUGGUCCUACAACCCGUUCCUCUCGAGAGUUGUCACAUAACGAAGAAGAAGAUAUAGCCAAGAAGGUUACUGAAACAUUCACCAGUGGUUUAGGAUGGGUCUUAGGUGUUCCUCAAAAUUGAAUAUUAUAUGCAUGUGAGCAACUACUACCAUCAUGGUUUGUACUCUACGUAAAAGUUAUAAUUAACGAUAAUAUAAUUUAUCAAAAACGAUUCUUUUCCA